GGUCUCGCAUUCAAUUUUAUCUUGUUUGUUACAGAUUUGGUCUCUUAUUGUUGUUCUUCUGAGUAAGAAAUACAAACAGCUUCCUCAUAUGAUUACAACAAAUCUACUCGUUGCUCAGUUUAUUGCUUGCAUUGGAAUGGUGAUAUGGAAUUUCACUGUUAAACAGGAAGAUGUAACUGUGCAGAUCCUAGUAUUUAUAUUUCUUUACAGUUCACUUUAUAGCACCUACCUGUGGACAGGCUUCUUAUCUUUCUCUUUGUUUCUGUUGAGGAAGAGAGAAACAGUAAAGAUUCCCAUCGGGUUUAUAAUCAUAGCUGGAUGGGGAGUCCCAACGCUUCUGGUGGGAAUCUUGUUAAUAAUUGGUGAACAUAACAGCUCUAGCAUUGACUCUGCCUUUUUCUAUGGAAAACAUCAGAUAAUCACCACAGCAGUGGUCCUGUUCAUCAGCAUAUUGAUGUCAGGCAUCUCACUUAUGUGCAUGAACAGAAAUAGACAGGAGUCAAACUAUGAGGUACUGAACCCAUAUUCACCUCAUGGCCAAGCAGAAGGGAACGAGGGGAAUCAAGUUUCAGCCACUGUGCCUCAACCUUCUGCAAGGUCUUCUGCACAACCUUCUCCUGCACAAUCUUCUGCAGGUUGUUCUGCACAGCUGUCUGCAGAAAGAGGUUGCUGUUCUUGUCAAACAACAAAUGGGGAAAUAUCCUGUGCUAAGGAGGGCAAAGCAGUGCCAAAUGCUGUUGAAAACAAGGUUCCUUCAAUUGAGACAGCUGAUCAGUGUGUGAAUCAGUGCAGUGCUCAGACCUGCGUACUGGCUCAGGAAGAACAGCUUCUACAGACUGCAGACAAACAGCUGGCCAGACAUGUGCUGCUGUGCUUGCUUCUUGUUGUUGGCCUUUUUGCUAAUCUUUCCAGCUGCUUAUGGUGGCUGUUCAACCAAGAACCUGGAAGACUGUAUGUGGAAUUGCAGUUCUUUUGUGCUGUGUUUAAUUUUGGUCAGGGCUUCAUUUCCUUUGGUAUUUUUGGCUUAGAUAAGCAUUUAAUCAUUCUGCCAUUCAAGCGAAGGCUUGAAUUUCUCUGGGGAGGCAGAGAAGCAGAAGGGCAUGCAGAUCCCACUCUACCUGAGGAAAUCAGGAUGACCUGUCAACAGUUCGUUCAUUAUCAUAGAGAUCACUGUGUCAAAAGUAUUGUCAAAGGCAGAAGGUAAGGUUUUCCCCCUUCAUAUUUGAUCUGUUAACAAAGCUCAUAGCUCACCUUUUGGAAAUAAUGAAAUGCAGUACAGUCAUUCUGUUGGUGAUUUCUGUUCUGACCUAUUUACUCAAACCUUCAAGUGAAGAUUAAGAAUUUUGCAGUAACAUGUAGAAAAUAUUUUUUGUCUAAGACUGAAACACUGAGGUACAAAUUAUCAUGUUAUCUCAUCUAGGUUUGAUGGUUUUGUAGCUCUUCAUUAAGCCCUGUGCUCUUCAUUAAGCCCUGUGCUAAUUCUUGCAAUUAGCAGGAGUUUAGGAACAAAAUCUUUCUGAAUAAGUGUGUGUGUCAAUGUCUGUAACAGUGUGUGUGAUGCUUCAUUUUUGUCUUCUAAUUAAUAAGGUGUUUGUAUUUAUGGUAGAAAACUAAUAGCUUUUGCAGGAGGCAAAACUGUUGUAACAGAGCCACUUGCUGUCUGAGAGUAGAACGUCUUUAGGACUUUACACCUUUUGAGUUCAUACAGUUUCUUUUGCUGAUUCCUCUUAUGAACCCUAAAUCCCAAAUUGUGAGAUUGCCCAAGCUUGCAGACCCAAAUUAUGAUCAAAGAUCAUAAUGAUCAAAGGUUAUGCAUUCGAUUAUGUUUAGGUGGAUGAGAAGAGAAAUGCAGACAGAAGCAUCAGGAAUAAGAAAAAGAUACUUGCCUGCAUUUAUGUAUCUAGUGUGUAAAGCAAAGAGAUGAAGAGUUGUUUGAGCAGGACACUUUUAUUUCUCUUGGCAUGGAAGCUCUCUAGCAGGACUAAUUCUGCAGGGGGAGAUUGUCUCAAUAGUCAGAUAAUCUGAAACCAUAUUCCAGAACUAUUUCUUUGGCUGCUGUGUUCCCUAAGAAGUAAAAGCAGAGACAACGUUAUUGAUUUAGGAAGAAAAAUGAACUAUAGCAGGGCAAGGACUUGCCACACAGAAAUGAAGGAUCAGAAACUGUUUUGAAAUAAGACAGGUUUUAAAGCUUUGUGUUUGCUGCACUUCUGCUGCUAUUGAGGUUUCUUGGGUUUUGGGCUGUUUGGUUAGUUUUAGUGU